CCCAGCCCACCUUCGCCGCCCCCCGCCCCAUUGUGGCCCUCCGCCGUCAAAUCGAUGGGUGAAUCCCACUGGUUCCGGGGCUGUGUCGAGCCCAGCUCCCCGAAGCCCGCCGUCCGCAAGUCGAGGGGGAGGGACGGGUAGCAAGUAUUGUAGGGGGCAAGGCGGCAGCCGCGGUUAUCCCCAACCAGGACGGCGGGACGGAGGAGGUAGACGGGGAAGGUGGAGUCCAAACAGUUGCAGACCACCAAUCGACGCGCAGCGCACACCAAGGUCAGGCGUUCGCAGUUGCUCACCCGGACCAGGCCCGCCACCGCCCCAAGGACGAUGGUGCUAUCCGUGCACGCGGCGAUAUGCGCGCUCUCGAUCGGUCCCAGCAGGUACACGUUGGCGUCGUGGCAGGCUUGGACGUGGACGCGC